GUCAAGCAAAGGUGAUUACCAUGGAGGAUGAUUAAGUGUCAUGUUCUAUCAAAUUUCGCGAAAUAGCUGCCACUCAAUAAGUAAACUCUAACGUUAUAACACGCGACCUUUUGUCCACACGGUCUUGUGAAACUGCUUUGAGAAGUUUCUGCGUCAGUGAUGUCUCGACUCGUCAAGAAAUCUCCGUCUCUUUGCACGGAUCUACCAUUGGACAACACCGUUAUUUGUAACAAGCUUCAUUUGCUGAGGCAGCUUCUGAAAUCGUGCUUUGGUCCAACAGGUAGACUUAAACAAGUCCACAACAACAUCGGAGGACAUGUUGUAACCACCUCCACCUCCUCCGUUCUCCUUCCAGCCAUUUCCUCCUCGCAGUCUUUUAUCAAUCUGAUAAAAACCUCCAUUCUCAACCACGUUUCUCGCUUCAGUGACUGUGGUCUGUUCGCUGCCAUUCUUUGUUUAUCUCUUAUUGAGCAAGCGAAACAGUCAGGUCUCAGUGGCAGUGUGGCUAUCAGGGUGAACAAGCACUUGCUGGGAUUGUGCACCAGUUACCUGCAACGAGAAGACUGUGGUUGUAAAGUUAAGCUCGACUUCUGCAGCAGUCACAACUUCAUCACAUUAGCUUCCAGUAUCAUCUCCAGCAAACCAGCAUGUGUGCUAACAGAGUCAGAGGUACUUCACAUCAGCAAACUGGCUGUACAGGCUUUUUUGCUGACUGUUCCCUGUAACAGCCCAGGUGAAGUCAGUCUUGGCCAAAUAGUGAGCAUCUCUGUUGAAGGCCACCCUGUGCUAAACUCUGCAGUGUUUCCAGGUUUACUGGUGGACACGCCGGACGACUUAUGUCUCGACAAGUCAGAGAACCAGCAUUCAAAUCCACUGCGCUUGGUGUUGUUCAGUGCUUCUCUUGCUGGAGACCUUUCUGAACUGGGAGAUGGGAAAAUUGACGUGCACCCGGGUGUAGACACGGACUCGCAAAUACUGGAUCAGCUCCUGGAGCUCGUCAAACAGGUGGUCAAAGAUGAGGUGAAGGUCUUGGUGUGCCAGAAGGUCAUACACCCAGUGGUGCAGCAAUACCUGAAGAGGCAUGGUGUCAUAGUGAUAGAAAGACUGGGAAUCACUCUCAUGGAGCCACUUACUCAGCUGACAGGUGCUCAACCUGUGGCCACAUUGAACACCACAAUCCCGGCCAAGGCCUACGGGAAGGUGAAAGAUCUCAGUAUUCUGCAGUUUGGAUCAAAGACAAUGCUGCAUUUACAACCUCCUGGGGAGUCCUCGAUCUGCACGAUGAUCCUCUGCCACAGGAACCAGACUAUGUUAAGUGAGCUGAAGGUGGCGUACCAGAAGACUGAGCAUGUGUUGAGGCUCACUUUGAGAGAACCGUCUGCCUUACUUGGAGGUGGGUGUACAGAGACCCACUUAGCUGCUUACGUCAGACACAAGAGCAUGAAAGAAGUCACAGAGACCGUAUCGGCCCUCGGGUGCUCACGGACGGAGCACCUUCGCGGCGUGGACGGUUUCUGUCACUCUCUGGAGUCUGUGGCCGCAGCGCUGGAGCACGACGGCGGGGAUUCUGUGAUGGAUCUGACUCAUGCUCACCACUGGACUCGCCCUGCAGAUGUCAUGAAAGAACAGGAGGAUAGCUCGGGCUUCUGUGGCUGUGGACUGAUGGAAAGUAGCCCAAAUCAGAGGUGGACUUACCUAAACACUAAUUACCAAGAGUUCUCACCUGCACCUCUGUCUGGAGAUGCAGCUGUGCAGCCACGUGUGCUUGACUCCUUCACAGCUAAACUCAAUGCCUUGCAAGUUGCUGUAGAAACUGCUAAUCUUGCACUGGAUGUGCGAUAUCUAAUUCAAGAUAUGAACUAGCAGAAUAGGCCUUUUAUCCAGAGUGUAGCUCUCGUUUGUGAUGAUCAAAAUGAGGAAUGAAUGCUGUUUUUUUUUUGUUUUUUUUUCAGAAGUAAUAUUCCAUUUAGACACUAGGUGUUGGCAUUGCCUUGUGUAAAAAAUCUGAUUGAAUCCUAGUGUGAGUCAGUGGAAAUGGCUUGCCUCUGUGUUGUAGCCGUCGUGGGAUUUACCUCUUUGUUAAUGAUGAUAUGUGAUGUUUGAGAGAGUAUACAAAUGUAGUGAAUAAAAAUAAUUCAGCUCUUUAUCAGAUGAUCAGUUUCUCUAUAGAGUGCAGCAGGAAUGAGUCCUUAAACCCCAAAAUGAGUUGCCGUUUUUGCACUUCCAGUUCCCUUGUCUCGUAGCCGAUGGGGUUUUGAAUGGAUUUUUCGGUGAGAUGCCUAAAAAACGGUCUGGUUAACACAAGCUUAAGAUAUAUAUUUUUUGAGAAUGUUUUGUUCUACAAUACAUAAUAGCUUUUCCUAUAGCGUUGAAGAUGUUACAUGUUUUGGAAAAGGCGGUUGCCAUCAAGUGGCUAAACGAGACUACAAAACCUCAUCACGCCGACUAGUUCGCCUUUACCAAAGAUAUUGGGCUCGUUCGAGAUGAGUCAGGUCUGCGCAGAAUCGAUCGAUUGAGGCAGACGCAGUUUUUAGAACCGCAGUUGCUCUCCACUGUUUUCAAGACCCAGGUCAUGAUGGGGAAACGGCUGGCUGUCACCUGAUCGAAGAGCUGAUUGGUUCUUAGUUUUGACAACAAAACACCAAGUUUUAUAGAGAAUGCUAUUUUUCUGUGUAAUUGUAAUUAACAUAUCUUGUGUGAACGUGGUCUGCACACUACAAGCAGCCUACGGAUCAGAUCUAACAGGAUGUAAAUAUUCCUGUGCCUUCCUGGAUAUUCUUUGAAGGCUGCUGGAAACUGUCCGACUUCACCGCAGCAUUUUGUCUGAAAUUUGCCAUUUCAGUAUAUAGAUAUUUGGCUUGUGAAAAAUGUGUCCAAUAUUUACUUUGGUGACUAUGGAGCAAGACAAUCGAUCACAUUCACUCCUCCCAUUGGAGUUAACAGACCCGGGUUCUGUCACUAAUCUCCUAAAGGGGCCAGGCAGUGGUGAAACUCAUGUGAAACAGACUCUGUGUGCCAUCGCCUUUCUAUUCCAUCUCUUGCCUUUACAACCUCGUUGUUUCAUCACGCCCAUGUGACUGUGGUGGUUUGUUUAUGGCCUAACAUUAGCUUUUUUACUUCUGCCAAUUACAUUAAUUGCUUCAAAAAUCAUAAAAGUGGCGUUCAUUUGUAAAGAUUUUCUUGCAAAAUGUGUAACUAUCAUAAACUUGUGUUUGCCACAGAUCUUAUUUUCUUACUUCAGGGGUUGGCCUGAAGUCAUCCCUGCUCCACUUUGUUACAAACCGACAUGUUUCUGCUGCAGUUGUCAGCACUAGGAGGUGCUGCAAGGUUGCCAACAUGGUUAACUCGGUUACGUCACUGUCUCUUAACUUUUAGUUUCUUUUAACUUGUCUUGUUCUGUGUUUUCUGUCUGUAACUAUCUGUUUCUUAUGUUGCUGCCUGUCUUGGCCAGGUCUCCCUUGAAAAAGAGAUUUUUAAUCUCAAUGGGACUCACCUGGUUAAAUAAAGGUUAAAUUAAAAAAAUAGUACCCAAAGAAAUAUCCACCCUUUUUUACAUUACAUUGUGUUACAUCAAAGUAUUACCAUUCUAAACCUGCUGAUUUAGUAAAAUAAUCACAACUAUGAAAAUACAAAGACCAACCUCCAACAAUUAUGUUUCACAAAUGUCUCCUCGAUCACAAUGUUUUAAUAUGUUAACAUUCAGACAAAUUGAAAUCGGGGCCAAGUUACAUUUAGAGUGAUGAGAUUUGAAGUUUUUUUGCAGUUUGUACAUUUUGUAUCUGCAUAAAAAUAAACUUGUAUAUCUUUUCACAGAAUAUAUUCAUACGGACACCAAGUGAUUGCAUCAAAGUCUUUUUGGAAGCUUCUUCCGUAGCAGUUUUAAUAGAAAGACUUGAACAAUUAAUCUGUAGAUUAUGGUUUUUUGGAUAAUGACUGCAAGUGAAACCAAAACAGAUAUUUGUUGCAGUAAAAUGGGCAUAAUUUCUGUUUACAAAUACAAUUGGAACAGGAAACAGACUCUCACACUGUGCUUGAUGCUGGUUCGAUGUAUUGUAUGCACUUACAAGAUGACAGGCAGGUUCUUUGUCUCUCAGAAGACGAAUGGGAUCAAAGCCCUUCGUAACUUGGGAUAGUCUUUGAAUUUCUCUUGGUAAAACCUGUAACAGAGGAGCAGAAGAUAAGUCACUCAGAUAUAGCACGGUAAUGUAGUUUGGCAGGCGGGUAUUAACGUUCUGUCAGUUUCUUUAUGUUUUAGGCACCUGUGAUGGUGGUAGGCUCUGGGUCCAAUAAAACACAGGCUAAACACAGCGAAUGAGAGUGCUGGAAGGGACCAGGUGGCUACAGCAUAGCCAAACCACUCCACUAUCUCUCCUAAGUAGUUGGCACCAGACACAUAUUCAAACAGACCUCCUGUAGGAGAGCGAGAAGAGCAGGUCACUAUACCGGCACGGAGUGGAUCGGAGGUUAUUCAGGCGUGAUCUCUUGUUUCUUACCUGUAGGUAUCUUGUAAACUACGUCCCCUGGUUUCCUCAGGUUGCGUAGAAUAUAGUCACUGUGUACGUUGACGGCCAUUCCAAUGUAAAACAGCAGUAAACCUAGAAAAAAAAUAUUUGUAUCUUAUUCUUUAAAAAUAAAUCUUAAUCAUGUUAAUGUUUGAGGCACAUAAAAUGGAAGAAGUUAUUAGGUAUUUCAUAUUUAAAAAAUGAAAUAUUUUCAGAAGCCAAGAAUAAAUAUUGCUCCUACCAGAUUUAUAGCGAUAGUCAGCUGACCAUUCAUUAUCAAGCUGGGCACAGUGCAGCAGAUAGUGUCCCUGCAGUAAACCGUUCAGAGAGCAGAAGAAGCCUGCUGGCAGCAUCACACUCAGUGGGAAAGGUUUUCCUCUGGUCAGUAGUGAAUAGACAAAUGUCCUAUGAUUGGUGAAGAAAUAGCAGAUACAGCAGGUGGAAAGAGGAGGGGGAUGAUAGUGCAUUUUAUCCAUGCUGGUACAUGCAAAGAACAGACAGGAUGAGAGACUUUGUGUGAAUGAUUUAGCAUGUAAAUGCAGGCAAAAAGGGCGCCAUUAAGCCUCAUUCUUCAUGGUUGCCAGUACAUUUAUCACUGUGUUUUAGCCUUCAGAUUAUAGCAGCUUUUUAAAGCUCCUUUUUCUGUGUCUCCAUUUUAAGUUUUUUUUCUUCUUGGUUCUGGCUUUCACUUACAAACUGGCUGUAUACUGUACAUCUACUAGGUAUACUAUGACAUUAGAGAUGAUGCCACAUUUUUGUUUCUGUCAACAAGUACAAAUGUAUAAGUUGCAAUAUGUACAUUGAGAUGAGGUUUUAGUUAUUAAAAGGUUAAAGUUAUUCAGUUUGAAUCCUGUUUCACUGGGGAAUCAGUGCUGUAAUAAACCAAUAUGGAGUAAAUCAUCUUGUGUAAGAAUACCUUUGAUGCUCGUAGGCUACUGUACACAAACAGGCUAAGUAUGUAUGAGACAAAUAUAAGUCAAUAUAAGAAAUGUGCGGUGGGAUAAUACACUACAGGCAUAAGACAAUAUAGAACUAAAUAUAUUAUUAAAUGAGAAAAACGAAAAAUCUUGACAGUUAAAACCUUGUAUAUUUGCUUGUAUUUUGAAUAUUAAUCACUGCUAUAUAUCUCAAAGUACAUUUUCACACACAUGAAAUGGUUAAAACUAGGCUCCCGUCUUUGCUUUUACCUUUGAAAGUAGUGCAGGCAAAAGGUCCCCAGCAGCAGGUACUUCCCCGUACUGGAGGGUUUGUGCCUGGUGAGCGUUAAAAGCAGGGGGAUCAGGAGAGCUGGCAUCUCCUGGAGGAACCAAGCCAGCCUGGCUGGGACCGUCCUAGCCGGAGGAGGGAGUCCCAUGUGGCGCCCGUAGGAGGUCUGCAUCUUCUUGUGAUGGACCAAUUGUCCGAGUCCAAUCAGGAUCAUCCCACAGCUGAGAUAGCUGACCAAGUCCCCAUAGCAGUGCAUCUCGCAGCGUUGCAGUUAUCGCUUCCUCUUAUUACUAAUCUUAAGAGUCCGUAUUAAGUUAAAUGGAUUUAAACAGCCUCUUUUA